GAUUGGUGUUUGGGCUGGACCCGUUGACGUCAAGGCCGUGGAGCCCCGCCCCUGCUGUCAGGGCCCGAGCAGCAGCAGUAGUGGCGGAGGGAACGGGAUUGAGAUCCUGGCAGAUAAUAUAAAUUUUGCUGCUGUACAGUGCAUCACCUUCUGAUGGAUGAAGACCCUAACGCUGCAAAGCCUUGUUCCCAUGGCGAGUCCUGCGAUCAGUCCUGACUCUUCCUCUUCUGAUAACCUCAGUCCAGAUGAGCUGGAACUUCUAGCAAAGUUAGAGGAGCAAAACAGGUUGCUAGAGGCUGACAGUAAGUCAUUACGAUCUGUGAAUGGAUCGCGGCGGAACAGCAGUGGCUCACUUGUGUCAAGCUCCUCGGCUUCGAGCAACUUGAGCCACUUGGAGGAAGACACGUGGAUCCUGUGGGGCCGGCUGAUCAAUGAAUGGGAAGAAGUGCGCAAAAAGAAAGAGAAACUGCUAAGGGAACUCAUACGAAAAGGAAUUCCACAUCAUUUCCGGGGGAUUGUCUGGCAAUUGCUCUGCAAUGCGACUGACAUGCCAGUGAAAAAUCAGUAUUCAGAAUUGCUAAAGAUGACCUCUCCCUGUGAGAAGUUGAUCCGAAGAGAUAUUGCACGUACUUACCCAGAGCACGACUUCUUUAAAGGACAGGACAGUCUUGGACAAGAGGUGCUGUUUAAUGUGAUGAAGGCAUAUUCUUUGGUUGACCGUGAAGUUGGAUAUUGCCAAGGAAGUGCAUUCAUUGUGGGGCUCCUCCUCAUGCAGAUGCCGGAAGAAGAAGCCUUUUGUGUGUUCGUGCGUUUGAUGCAAGAAUAUCGAUUGAGGGAGCUCUUCAAGCCCAGUAUGGCAGAGCUGGGGCUCUGCAUCUACCAGUUUGAGUACUUAAUACAGGACCAAUUGCCUGAAUUGCACGUGCACUUUCGAUCACAGAGUUUCCAUACGUCUAUGUAUGCAUCUUCCUGGUUCCUGACCAUUUUUCUCACCACGUUUUCACUGCCGUUAGCUACCAGAAUAUUUGACAUAUUUAUGUAUGAGGGUUUGGAAAUAGUGUUUCGCAUUGGGAUGGCCAUCCUUCAGUUUAACCAGGUGGAAUUGAUGCAACUUGACAUGGAAGGAAUGUCGCAGCACUUUCAGAAGGUGAUUCCUCAACAAUUUGAUGGCUGUCCUGACAAACUGGUCCUGAAAGCUUACCAGGUCAAGUACAACACAAAGAAAAUGAAGAAACUUGAAAAAGAAUAUACUACAAUCAAAAAUAAAGAAAUGGAGGAACAGAUUGAAAUUAAAAGACUCAGAACUGAAAAUCGCCUCCUAAAGCAGCGGAUUGAAACCCUCGAGAAGGAAAGUGCUGCCUUGGCAGAUAGAUUGAUCCAGGGGCAAGUAACCAGGGCGCAGGAAGCUGAGGAGAACUACGUCAUCAAGCGAGAGCUGGCUGUAGCAAAGCAGCAGUUCAACACAACCAGUGAGAAACUAGAACAAGCACAGAGCACCAUUCAGGAACUGCAGGAGCUCAGGUGUGAUCACCAUCACAAAGAGGAGAUUGUCAUGCAACUGAAGAUGGAGCUAGAACAAUCUCGAUUGAGAGAGGCUGAGACAGUGACAGCACUCAAAGAAAUGCAGGAUAAGGUUCUGGAAAUGGAGAAGAGAAACAGCUCACUCCCUGAUGAGAACAACAUAAUACGCUUGCAGGAGGAGCUAAAAGCACUGAAGCUGCGUGAGGCAGAGGCGGUGACUUCCAUGAAAGAGCUACACCAACAGGUGAAGGAUUUGGAUGAACACUGGCAGAACCAAGUGAAUAGCAACCUUCUGAACCGAACGGAGCAGGCUUGUACUGGUCUGCAGGACAAACUGCAGUACAUCACAGCACAAAACAAAGGGCUGCAGACUCAGCUUAGUGAGACCAGACGCAAACAAGCCGAGGUGGAUUGUAAGAACAAGGAGGAGGUUAUGGCUGUACGGUUUCGGGAAGCUGAUAGUAUUGCUGCCAUCGCUGAACUUCGCCAGCGUAUUGCUGAACUGGAAAUUCAGAGAGAAGAAGGACGGAUUCAAGGCCAACUGAACAACUCUGACUCCAAUCAGAUAAUUCGAGAGCUGAAGGACCAAAUCACAGAAUUGAAAACAGAGAUCCGGCUUUUCAAAGGUCAGGGCUCCUUUCCGACUCCGAUGAGCUUUGAUGGGAUUCAUAUUGUGAAUCACAUGGUUGCAGAUGAUGAAUCCAUUCAGUCGUCUGAUGAGGAUCUCUUACCUAGCCCAAUGGGAAUAAGCGGUCUGCAGGAGGGGCUGUAUCCAAUCCCGCAUGGAAAUGGACAUUUCCUCAGAGGGCUGGAGAUCUCGGGAAAGGACAGUGAUGGCAGCACCGACAGCGAUCAGGAGGAUCGGAAUUCUGCACUAGAGCUUGAAGCAGAGAUGGCUAAUCAUAUAAUGUGUAAUGAGAGCCCAAAUAAGACACCCUCCAUCUCGACAACUGUGUAAUGGAGAACUUUAUGGCAUUCCACUAAGUGAGACUUAACCGUAUAUGAGACCAUCCUGAACUGCCUAUUAUUUCUCUCAGACUUUGGUCUAACAUUAAAUUCCACACAUAUUUGCCAACAAGGAAUGAUCCUUACUAGGCAGUGAUUUUAAAGGCUGCUGCAUCUGACAUUUUUUUUUCCAUUGAAGGGAAUGGAGUUGAUUUAGAAAACACUGAGAUUCUCUGGUAUUGUUGCUGUUUUCUAAAACCCAGUUGCUAAAAUAUUUGUGUUCCAUCUUCCAUGGUGUUCAAUGUGCUGUCUUCCAGGUGCACACUACAUGUGUGGCACAGAGGUUUGUGGCAGCAUUUAAACAUUUACAAUUAAAACCUGCUGGCUGUGGGAUCUCUCCUCUCCUCCAUUCCAAUUCCUCACUGGGCUAAUGAUACAUAGGUCAAGUUCACCACUAACUUCUGAUACUUUACACUUUGGAUUUUCUGGGAUUAUUACAUUUAUGGAUCACUAUCAUUUUCUCUAACUUGGAGGUUCAGUGUGACAAAUGACCAAACAUCAUAGCAGUCAUAUAUUUAAUUUCAGGAUUUGUCUGGGAAACAGCAAAUCAAAACUCUUAUGUAGAGGCAGUCUGACAACAGGACUUGAUGGAAAAUUUUUCACGUGCCAACUGACAGUAUCUCAUUGACAUGAUAACUAAUGUAUUAUUUGACUGACACAACAUGUAGUUUCUGACUGACUGUGUUUCGCUGGUGUCUGGCCAACUCCAUAUCUGACACACUGUGUAUUGAACCAUUAACUGACUGGCACAGUAUCUAACUGACUCACAAAUUGAUGUAACUAGCCAUCACCCAUGACCUUCAUAUUAUUGUAACUCAAAGUUUGAAGCCAUUGUUGUAAUGAAGACAAUAAGAAAACUGUGUCCCAGAGUGAAAUUAUAAUCCAGUCCUUCACUACUAAAGACAGCUAUCAAAUUAAAAUAUUCAUUUGGUUCUCAAUCCAGAUCUUCUUCAAAUCCUGUACUACUAUAUUCACAUUUUUCUUUGAGUUAAUUUUUAUAAUUUUAAUUUUACCCAACUCAGAGCACUUUUUGUCUUUAAGAUUGUUUUGCUACUUUUUAAACCCUGACACUUACUCUUAUUGUGUUGUUGGAACACUCAACCUGCUUUGCAAUGGUAGAGGGAUGCUUCUGUCAUUUCCAAAAGUUUCAACCCUGAAAAAUAUUUCUUUUAAAUUAGACCCAGAGAUGCAAUCUGCUCACAGCCAUUCUCAAAGCGCUUCCACAUGGCAUCUGAGGAAUAUUAUUGAAUGGUGAGAGUCGGGCUGAGCCUGUGUGGGGUGCACCACCUCCCACUGAGCCCCUGACAUCUCCAGGUAUUAGCUGGGGACCUAAGUUCCUUUAUUUUAAGUAUUUAAAUAGUCGAAGUUGACAGUAUGGCCACCUCCUACAGUUAGCAAUAAGAGCCCACAAUGAGUCUUUUCUGAGGGAGUAAGUUUACUUGUUGAAGACGUGUAACCCGGGGUGAUGUUAGGGAACAGCAUUUGAAAAGAUAAGGUGAAAUCCAUCCUUAGGAGAGUGAUUUGCUGCUUAUGUGGUCCAAGUUUCCAUGUGAUCACGUUGCUGUCUCUGUUUAUAACCGAGUGUGUACCAGAGCAGUGUGCCAAUUACCUAUUAAUCCACCUUGAGUUCACUUGACUUUUGUUUCCUGUUGUUGUAUUAACAUAACAUAUCAUCACAUGGACAUAAAACAUCUUCUCAUCACUUUGGCAUUAUUGCUGUCCAAAACACACAGGAUUCUGUUUCUGUUGUACUAUAUUUCAGUGUUUUGAGAAUAUAGUCAAAAUAGAACAAACAGAAUAGUUUCGUGUAUCUCCGUCAUUUCUGUAUCUCUGCAGAGGGGGGUCCUCAGGAUUAGUUAAGGAAGAGAAGGGAUAACUGUACCAUAAUGAUUGGUGAAAUAUCAGUCUCACUGAGGUCAGUGUUAAAAUUCAGACACUAACCUUUCCGUGCAGGAACAAUGAAGCAUACUUCCCUUGGAAAAGGAUACUCAGACUUCUCUUUGUUUUAUUGCCACAAUAGAUUUGCUUCCAAGUUUUUUCAGUAAGCACCCAAUCCCGCUUGUGGGAGGUGUAUAGAGGUAUCUGUCCAUUCCUUUAGGGCACUAAGUUGAUGAGGUCACUGAGCUAUCCAGUCCUAAUGUUACUAUGCAGCAACUCUCAACUUAUGUAAAACAACACCUUGGGCAUAAAGUGGAACUGGUGGUGAUGUGGGACCACUGUGAUCCUCGACAGACCCAGUCUCAUUUUAGCUUCCCUGCAGUGUGUUUCCUUCAUACUCUCAUCAAAUCAUUACCCCAGUCAUUGCCUUGAGUAACACUGCAAGCAAUUGUUCACCCAUCUAGAAGCAGACUUUGGUGCCAUAAAUCACAUCUCAGGAUUCGGGCUUAGAGGCAGCUAGUAGUUUUACUGCUGCUGUUGGUAUCUCUGAUGCAAGGACCAAUGCUUUGUAUGGCAUCACUAACUCAAGUGAUCACUCCAAUAUUGACAGUAAAGUCCAUAGCUGGUCCAAUUUUCCAACCUCUAGUUAUACAGAUGUUGCCUUGUACAAUGGGAUUGAAUUUGCAAGUUUCUUGAACAUAUCUUGCUAACUUGUGGCAUUUUAUGCAGCAGACUUUUUUUUUUUUAGUUUAGCUCUUCUGUUACCUAGGAUAUUGGUACAAGUAAGUGCAAAGUUCUCAAUCCUACUUUCAAACUUCACUUUGCAGUCAGAGACUAACAAUGCUUCAAUGUUUGUAAAUUUGAGCUGGGUUUGAAUAUACUGUGCAUUAGGAGUUGAGCUGGAUCACAUACAAGUGUGAAAAAGAGUUGUCCCAUCACCUAUCAUCCAGUCUGUAAAUUUGGAAAUGGCGAUACAGUUAGUCCACAGCUGGCAUUCAAUGCCAACCCUGACAGAAAAUGGUUGUGUGAGAGCCUGGUGCCUGUGGGACUGGCUGAAUCUCAGUAUGUGCCCUGGAAGCUGCUUGGCAAGGGGAAUGACUGCAGUUUGGGAUACUGUGAAUGGGAGACUUGUAAUGAGUUUAAAAGUGUUCUGCUGACUGGAAAGAGCAAUGCUCUCUGUAGUUCAAUGUGCAAUCGUCCUUGAAAUCAGAUUUAGACAGGUGUCAGAGAAAUCUGUCUGAUGUCUCUGUAUGAAAGUAGGUUUCGUUAUUCAAAGAUUGAAAGUGUAGGUCUCCAGUGCAGCUGAGUACUAACAUACAAGUGUUAUAACGAUUUCUAGCAGCAUGUAGCACGACUGCAGAUGGGUUUUCAGUGAGUACUCAAUACUGCAGGUUAUUUGUCUGCCCCAGUAUGUUUUGUUGUGUGUUAAAGCUGGUGUCACAUCUCUGCCCAUGGAGAGUGUCCGAGCUCGCUCAGUUGUAUAAACAUGUUAGCCUGUUGUGUUCCAUGGCAAGUAGCGGUGAUGUGCCAUGUGAUGUCUCACGGGACCAGUGAUUAGAGGUUACAUAUGGCUUAAAACCAGGGCUGUUACUGAAUUGUAUAUAUUCUGCUACUAUGUAUUGCCAAAACAAUGUAGUAUACCAUUUAUAUUGAAUUUUUGUGUGAAAAUAUUCCACAAUGAUUUUUGAAAUGUCUGUGUUGCCACAUUCAGAUUGCGAGUUCCUCUUGUAAAGCUGAUCCAUGCUGAAUCAUGACCAUUUUUAGCUGCUAGAUCUGUAAAUAAGGACACCAGUGCACAAUGAACCAUAACUGUGUUUUCACAUCAAGAGCACGAGCUUUAUUUGUGUGUACUGUGUAACAGUGGAGGAUAUCUUCAUAAAGCAGUGAAUGUGAUCCAGAGAUAUUAAACCAGAA